AACAUCAUGCACCCAAGAGCCGACACAGGGCGUCGUAGCACCAAGAACAUAGAAUUGUGGUCGUUGACUAAGUUAAGCACUAGGAAAGACAACUUACCAGAUGUGUAAAAAGUAAAAGAAAUCCCUGAGGUCACUGGUUACUUUGUAAAAACUAUCGACUGCUAGAAACAGGAAAGCACAUGUUAUCGUUGCUACCAACAACAGCGUACACAGAGGUGCUAACCACGGAAGUAAAGGACUUGUGAGCAGCAGAACUGAUUGAAUACUUCAUAAUGGAUGUCAUCCGUAAAUAUUACAGUGCCACAAUGCGCAAAGCAGAUGACCGUGUGGCUGACUGGUUUCUCAUGGACUCUCCGCUCCCAACCAUCGCUGUAGUUGCUCUUUAUCUCGUUUUUGUCAUACAAGGACAGACCUGGAUGAGAGACAGAAAGGCGUUCGACCUCAAGCCGCUUCUUGUUUUGUAUAACUUUGGACUUGUGCUGCUAAGCGUCUAUAUGGUGAUUGAGCUGAUCUUGAGUUCUUGGACUGUGCCAGAGUUUAGCCUGACAUGCCAGGCAAUGGACUAUUCAGACAACCCGUACUCCGUCAGGCUUGCCAAAGUAUGCUGGUGGUUCUAUUUCUCCAAAAUUGUCGAACUAAUGGACACGGUUUUCUUUGUGUUGCGAAAAAAGAACAAUCAGAUUUCUUUUCUCCACGUGUACCACCACACUACCAUGCCUCUGCUCUGGUGGGUCGGCGUCAAGUUUGUUCCUGGAGGAGAAGCGUUUUUCUCCAGCACCAUCAACUCGGGCAUCCACGUGCUGAUGUACCUGUACUACAUGCUGUCGGCCAUGGGCCCCGCCAUGCAGCCCUACCUGUGGUGGAAGAAGUACAUGACCACCCUACAACUGAUCCAGUUCUGGACGGUGAUGUUCAAGACGUGCUACGCCAUCUACGUACACUGCGACUUCCCGGUCGAGUACGGUUACGCCCUGGUAGCGUACACAAUGUCUCACAUCGUUCUGUUCUCCAACUUCUACUACCACACCUAUCUCCUCCAAGCUCGCCGCAAGAAAGACGAUGGCCCCAACGCUGGGUCGUCUAUAACCAAGGAGGGUAACAACAGCAACAGCAACAAGCAAGCAAAUGGAGUGGAAGCUGUGCGUAAUGGCUCCGCUGAGAAAGUUCAGAUACGAAAGCAGAGGAGAUUUGAUUAGUUUUCU